AUGAAUUAGCUUUAUCUCAAUGAUCUUCAUGCUAGUCAUGUUUAGGUUCAUUCUCCUAGUGGAGAAUAGCGAUUGUUAUUUUAAGAUGCUUUAGGUUAAAUAAAAUUAAGACAGGUUAAUAUAUAAACAAGAUUGAAGGAAGUUUUGAUUUAAGCAAUAUAGAAAUUAAGAAAGUAUACAAAAAUUAAGAAUCUGUCUCUUCUUAGUAAAUAAUAAUUGCAAGCCUUUAAUGAUGUUUCAAGUAGUUAUAUUUAGUAAUAGAAGAAGGGGAAAGAUUCAUCAUAAUUUGAAAAAUAGUACUAUUAAUACAAACAGCAGAAUGUUAGUUUGUAAUUUUUAGUAUCUAGUUUAAUGACAAUGGUAAAACAUCGUAGUUUAAAUAGUAUAAAAGCAAGUCAUCCUGUAUUAAUUUUUUGGAGUUUCUUAAAAUUUCUUUUAGUUUUACAUUUGUGUUUUAUAUUUCCAUUGUCAGAUUCAUUUAUAUUCUAAUUGGAUGAAUUUAUAUAAAUUUAGAUGCCUAUAUUUUUUGUUGAGAUUGUUAUAUUAACAAUAGAUAUAAUAAUGAGAUUGAAUGUAUAGAUUUAUAAUAAAGGAAUAUUGAUAACAUAGACAAGAAAUAUAAUAAUAUAAUAUUUUCGUAAGGAAUUCUUAAUAGAUUUUGGAGGAUUGUUAGGAUUAAUAGUUUUUUUGCUUUAUAGUUUUACUCCUUUAAAAUAUUUAUUUAUAUUAAAAUUAAAAGAGUUAUCAACAUUUAUGGAAGUGUUUAAAUAUGAGAUAGAUCCAAAAGGGAAAUUUAAAAAUCAUUUGAAAUUAUUAAAAUUGUUGAUUACAGUAGUAUUGUUAGCACAUUGUUUUGCAUGUGUAUGGAUAGGAAUAGGAUAACAUUCAAUGGAUUAAAAUUGGAUAGAAUAACGAGGUUUAUAGGAUUCUCAUUGGAUUUAGAUAUAUUUAUUUGGUUUAUAUUUUGCAAUUACAACAAUGACAACAGUAGGUUAUGGUGAUAUAACACCAAUAAAUUCUUAUGAAGUAUUAGUAAGUAUAUGUUUGACCUUAUUUUCUUCAUGUAUAUUUGCAUAUGUAUUUAAUACGAUAACUUCAAUUUUGAAAGAUUUGGAUGCAGAUAAAAGUAAAGUGAAACAUGACUUAGAGAUAUUAAGUCAUUAUAUGAAAAAGAGAAAUAUUGAUUCUGAUCUUUAAAAGAGAGUUGAGAAGUAAUAAUAGAAUACAUUUUAUUUUAGUUAUCUUCGAUUAGUAUAUAAACAUUAGCCAUCUACAUAAGAGAAGAAGAUAUUUGGUAAAUUGAGUCCAUAAUUAAAGUAGGAGUUAAAUGAAUAAGAUAAAGGAUUAUUAUUAUUGAAAUAGCCAGUGCUUGUGAAUAAUUUCUCAUUAAAAUUAUUAAGAGAGUUAAUUGAAAGUGUAUAAGAGAUUAAUUUAACUCCAUAAGAAAAAUUAUCAUAUGAUUCUGGGUUAUAUAUUUUAUUAAAGGGAAAUAUUAAUAUUAUUUUUGGAGAAGGUAAAAGUAUUGUAGGAAAUUUAAAACCUGGAGAUGGUAUAGGAUUAAAGUCUUUGUUUAAUGAAUAAUAGUAGAAUAAGAAAUUGAUUUUAAUAAGUGAAGGAUUUUCAACUAUUUAUUUUAUUUCUUAAAGUGAUUUUUUUAAAAAACUUAAAGAUACUGAUUUGGAUUAAUUUUAUUAGAUUAGAGAUAGAGUUAUGAUUUAAAAUUAUGAUAAUUUAUUUUUGAAAUGUUUACUUUGCAGAAAAUAAGGACAUGAGAUUUGUGAAGAUAUCUAUUUUAAUUUAAAUAAAGAAUUAAUUUUAGCCAAAUAUUAAUACUCAGCAGAUUAAGAUAGAUAGAAAUCAUUUAUAAGAAAAAGGAAAGAAAAGAGCAAAGCAUUUUAUGAAUUAGAAUUUAGAAGAAGAAGUGCAAAUUUAUGUUAUUAAAGAACUAUUAAGACUAUGAAAAUGUAAGAGAAGGAAAGUGAUGAAGAAGAUGAUAAUUCAUAGAAUGAAGAAAGUGAUGUAUGAAUUAUAUUAUAAGCAAGAGUCUUAUGAUGAUUUAGAAUAAUCUAGACAUUAUUUAGAUGAAAAUAAAGAUUCUAUCUCUGUAUUCUUUGAUAAAUAAGCUACUCCAAAAUAAUAAAAUAAUAAACCAGAAUUUAAAAGUAUGAGAACUAAAAUUAAAGGAUCUUCAAUUGUUAGAAUGCUUUAAAAUUAUACUUAAUAAAAAGUAUAAUAUUAAGAUUUUUGUAUCAUUAAUGAUUUUGAAAAAAUGAAAUUUUAUAGAAUGUAUUAUCCAACUUUUAAUUAUGAUUCAGCCAUUAAAACUUAUAAUCAAUGGAGAAAAAAGACAAGUAAAACGCUUUAUAAAAUGUAGUAUAAUUGAAUUUGGAAUGA